CUUCUAAGAGGGCGGUGCGCCGGGCAGGAGGUGUUUCCCAGCUUUAAAAACGCCGGAGACUGCCUCUGUCAAACGCUGCGUCAUAUAGACAGGGAGUCACUGGAAAUCUCAAUUAGAAAAGCAGAGACAGCAAAACGCUCUCUAUGAUCUAUUCCCCGUCUGUGAGACGUUGCUAUUCUGCUUUGGAUAUUAUAAGAGACCGGACCUGAGCUAGUCUUUGAAUUGUAUGAUUUUCACAAUCCUGGCGCGCUGUCACCUGGAUGCAACUGAUAGAAUCGAGUCCGUCAUACUAGGCUACAUCACUGUGCAGACUAAUAUUUUACAAUCAAAGAGUUCGUUUUUUUCCACGAAACGAUUUGUUUUCUUUUUCAUAGCUCGAUUGUCAAAUGCAAUUCAUUUCGAAGGAAUUCGCAUACUAACUGUUAUUUAGGCUUCUUGUCGUAUCCGCUACCCGAGAAGUAGACCUGACGCAAGUUGGAUGCAGGAUACCAGUUGUCUCAGAGUUAACUCCAGAUUCAACUUUGGACCACGUUUCCCGCCAGCUUGGGGAAAAGAAAACGGAUUGAAUUUUCCCUCCGCUGUCACCACCAUUAUGAAGUCUGCUGAAGAAGAUGCCUUCAACUACACUCCGAACGUCAGCCUGUCCCUUCCGCUCGGCAUGGGCAACCCCUACCUGGCCAACCAGUACCACAGCAUGCAGACGAGCCCCGUCAUCUCCGUCACGUCGUGCCAGCAGAACAGCUACUCCAUGCACGAGGACACGGUGGCCGCGGGCUACUACCUGCUCCCCAACGGCGCCCCGCCGCUCGAGAGCCCGCGCAUCGAGAUCACCGCCUACGGCCAGUUCGCCGAAGACGAGGUGGAGGAGAGCGGCAGCGCCGAUCCCGUGGCGGCCAAGCAGCGGAACAUGGUCAACUCCGUGGUGACGCUGACGUUGCCCAAUGCCGACGGGUACCGCGACCCGAGCUGCCUGAGCCCGGCCAGCAGCCUGUCGUCGCGCAGCUGCAACUCGGACGCGUCGUCCUACGAGUACUACAACUACGACGUGUCGCCGCAGAACUCGCCCUGGCAGUCGCCCUGCGUCUCGCCCAAGGGCUCGUCCUCGCUGCUCUCGUGCCCGAACGUUGUCGCCUUGGCCACGGGCAUUGUCGGCUCCUCUUCCUCACCCUCACGCCUUUCCCCCUCCAACUCCCCCAAUACAGGCGUUGCCAACGACGACGGCUGGGGCAAUGGCAACGGAAAUGGCAACGGAAACAGAAAUGGGGCGCCACGCAGUGGUGGAGGAAGCGGCAGCUCCCGACCCAACUCACCCUCAUGCGGCGCCACGGCGGGCAAGAGGAAGUACAGCUUCAACGGCGCCCCCUACAGGCAGCCCUCAUACUCGCCUAACCAGUCGCCCGUGCCCUCCCCUCAGGGCUCCCCGCGGCUCAGCGUCAACGAGGAAACCUGGCUGGCAAACACCAACCAGUACACCAACUCUGCCAUCGUGGCAGCCAUCAACGCCCUGACCACUGACGGUGUGGCCGACCUGGGUGAGGGCAUCCCCAUCAAGUCACGGAAGACCACAGUGGAGCACGGCCCAGGCAUGAGCCUGAAGCUGGAGCCCAGGGAGGACGAGCUGGGGCCGGGGGGCGGAGGAGACAUCUGCCAGGACGACUACACCAGCACCACCACUCGCCUGCCUUUCAAGAAGGAGAGCUACUGCACAGGGUUCCUGGAUGUGCCCCAACACCCCUACUCAUGGUCCAAGCCCAAGCCAUACCUCAGUCCCUCUCUGCCCGCUCUGGACUGGCAGCUGCCCUCCUGCUCGGGGCCCUACAGCCUGCAGAUCGAGGUGCAGCCCAAGUCCCACCACCGCGCCCACUACGAGACCGAGGGCAGCCGCGGGGCCGUCAAGGCCAUGUCAGGGGGACACCCCGUAGUACAGCUGUACGGCUACAUGGACAGUGAGCCGCUCACCCUGCAGCUGUUCAUCGGCACUGCAGACGACCGCCUCCUGCGCCCCCACGCCUUCUACCAGGUCCACCGCAUCACCGGCAAGACCGUCUCCACCGCCAGCCAUGAGGUCAUGCUGAGCAACACCAAGGUGCUGGAGAUCCCCCUGCUCCCCGAGAACAACAUGCGUGCCAUUAUCGACUGUGCUGGGAUCCUGAAGCUGCGCAACUCUGACAUCGAGCUCCGUAAGGGUGAGACAGACAUUGGACGCAAGAACACGCGUGUGAGGAUGGUUUUCCGCGUGCACAUCAACCAGCCCAAUGGCAGGACGGUGUCCCUCCAAGCCUCCUCCAACCCCAUCGAGUGCUCCCAGCGUUCGGCCCAGGAGCUGCCCCUGGUGGAGAAGCAGAGUCUGGACAGUUACCCCGCCACGGGGGGCAAGAGAAUUCUCCUCAGCGGCCACAACUUCCUGCCAGACUCCAAGGUGGUGUUUGUGGAGAAGGCCCAAGAUGGACACCAUCUGUGGGAGACGGAGGCUAAAGUUGACAAGGACUCCAUUAAGUCUUGCUCGCUGGUGGUGGAGAUCCCUCCCUAUCGCAACCAGAGGAUAUCCAGUCCCGUGCAGGUCAACUUCUACGUGUGCAACGGCAAGAGGAAGAGGAGCCAGUACCAGCGCUUCACCUACCUGUCUCCUAACGUCCCUUUGGUUAAGACAGAACCGAAUGACGACUACGAAUCCCAGGGGCCACCUGUGAUGUCAAUGCAUUCCAAAUCCUAUUACGGCCAGCAGAGACUGACCCCCAUGAUGCCGUUGGGGGAGGCCGACGUCUGUCUGGUGAGCGGGUACCCGUCCUGCCCGCAGCGUCACGCCACCAUGCCCGCCUCGUCGUCGCCCAGUUCCAGCCCCAAGCUGCACGACCUCUCCCCCGUCGUGGCCUACCCCAAGUGCCUUCCCAGUAGCCCCACACACCACCCCGUGCCCUUGCAGGAGACGGCCAGCCGCGGGUCCCUGGGUCUGCCCGGCUCGCCGGACCACCACCCGUCCCUGACCCUCCUCCACUCCCAGGGCAGUCCGCACUUGGCCAGCCCCAGCUACAACCCACCUCCGCACCCCCUCUACCCCGACAGCAGCCCCUCUUCCUCCCCGGCCUCCCAUCCCUCCACCCCGGGCACGGCCACCACGGAGAGCCCCUUCAGCCCCGGUCAGACCCAGGGCACUCCUCCCGACAGCCCCCCUUCCCUUGCUGUCACUGUCAAGAAGGAGCCCCAGGAGCUGGACCAGAUGUACCUGGAUGAUGUCAAUGAGAUCAUCAGGAACGACCUGUCCAGCAUCUCCGUCCACAGCCACGCGUAGAGGCGCCUGCCCACAGACACGCCACGACCAAAGGGACCACAAGAAAGGGAGCGUCUCUUGAUCCAGUUUAAUGUGCCCC